AAAUAUACACUCAAAUAAUCGAACAAGAAAUAGCCAAAAUAAUAAUUUUGAAUAUUCUACUGAAAACCGGAAAAAUACCGAGAUAACUCAAUCAAGAGGAAAAUAUAACAGUAAUAAUGAUAGUAGUGAUGACAACG